CUGCCACUCCCUUCCCUGUCCCCUUCUUCCCUCCCCCUCUCUGUCUCUUUCUCUCUCUCUCUCCCUCCCCUCGAUGGGGUACAGCCUUGAGAACCCGCUUGAUUACUCCGGAGACGAUGGGAAGCUGCUCGUUGCCCUUUUCGCCGCAGAGAUCGACCACGAUGCCGCUAUCUCCGACGAGCUCACCGUCUCCGUCCGCCGCGACGCCGUCGCCCAGAUUCGCAAGGCCGUGGAGCCGCCGUGCAGCGUGGGUCCGGCCACCGCGUAUCUCGCCGUCACCUACCUCGACCGGUUCCUCACGAAGCGAGUGACCCAGGUGAAGCAGCCAUGGUUCGCGGUCUUCCUCUCCCUCGCCUGCCUCUCCCUCGCCUCCAAGAUGCUCGACCACGGGUUCUCCGUCGCCGAGUUCCAAGCGACGCAGCCGUUCCAAUUCAUGCCGCAGACGAUCGAGCGGUUGCAGUACCUGGUUCUUGAGUCUCUGGGAUGGCGGAUGCGAUCGAUCACCCCCUUCGCUUUCCUUGAUUACUUCCUCUCCUCCUUCCCAUCGACAGAUCCGCGUCAGGUCCAAGAUCUCAAGGAUCGAGCCUCCAAGACUCUGUUCCAAGUCCAAACCGAGGAAAUGCUUUUAGGGUUCAAGCCGUCGGUGAUCGCGGCGUCCGCGCUGCACUUCGCUGCCUUCGACCUGUUCCCCGCCCAUUUCCCCGACUUCGAGGCCGCCGUUAGCUCAUCCUUUGGUCUCGAUCCAGAGAAAAUAAGAGUGUGCCAAGAAAUAAUGAGGAAAGUGAACACGAAUCGCUGUGAUUUAGCGGCGGCGAAGAAGGUUGGGUCGGGUUCCUAGUCACCGCUGGCCGCGAUGGAACAUGGCGGCGAAGGCGACACCAUCCCUGGAUCCGGAUCGGACGGUCGAGAUGACAAGAAAGCCACGUUUCAAAUAGUACCGACAAUAUAAAUAAACAUAUAAAAAGGAAAAAAAAAUUACUCAUUUUUCUCUUUACUUUUGACACAAAAAAAAAAGGUUCAGAAUUUUUGUGUAAUUCUAGUGAGUUGUGGAUCGUUGAUUGGUGUACUUACCUGUUUUUCUUUUUGUUUCUUUGGAGCUGUUCAUACUCGACAUUUUUGAAAAGAAGUUUAAUUUGAUUUUUUUUUUUAUUUCUAGUUUUUAUUCGGGUUUCUUGUGUUUUCCAACUCUUCAUAGAUUUCUUUUUUAGAUAUGACUAAUACAUUUUUUUUGCGCAGCUAAAUAAUUGAGAAUUUUUAUAAUAAUAUUUAAAAAUAAUACAUUUUUAUAAAAAAAUAUUUUAAAGAUAAUAUAAGUUAUGUGUUUUUUUUUUCCAAAAUUCAAAACAAAAUAUAUGAUAUUUUAAAGAUAAUAUUUUACAGCUUUUGGCUUUGAGGCUAACCGAUGGACUCGUUGAUUAGUUUCUCUAAACAUAUGAGUUGCCAUAAUAAUUGUCUCAAAGAAUUCCAUGGCCAACGAAAUCCGCCCUUAGUCACAAUAGAAAGAAUAUAUUGUAUUAUCCAAUAUCUUAACCAUGGGUUGGGUUAGGGUUGACCUUUGACUCAACCCAACUUGCCGUAACUGUUCAGAGUUUAGGGCUUCCAUCGUGAGUUAGCAUCACAGGGCGGACAUCGCUUGCUUCCAGCUUCGAGUCCUCCAGUACUGGCCAUUUCCAUUUCGCCGCAUCUUUAUCCCCUUCGUUCCUUUCCAACCCAAUCAAACAGAUUUGACGCAUCGACCGAGACCACACCCACCUCGCCCUCUCUUCUCCCUCGGUUUUGGAUCGCUGCUGUGUAAACCCUCGAAACCCUCUCCAUGGACACUCACAUGACGCCUCCCAAGUCCGAUCGCCAGGGUCGGCCACCG